ACCUGGUCGUGCGUUCGCCAAAUUAUCGGACGGGUGAAUUUCGUAGUGCCUUCCUAUAUCCCCCAUAAUCAGUUCGAUUCUCAUCAUGAUGUUGCUCCAACUGGGCUCCGUGGCCCUGUUCUUCUGUCUGGCCAGCGGUGCCUCCAACUUCCCGCCCGAGAUUCCCCGCUGUCACCACGGCGACACCAGCUGCAUCAUCAGCGUUUCCCACACGCUGAUCAAGCAACACGCCAGGACCGGCUAUCCUGCCGUGGGAUUUCCCCAGGUGGAACCCUUCCUGAUCAAGCGCUUCGACAUCUCCGACGGACGCUCGGGAUCGCUGAACCUCAAGCUCAACUUCAGGGAUGUGAAUGUGGAGGGUCUGUCGGGAGUAAAGUUCGAUAGGGCUGUUGGCUUUGGCCCAGAUCCCGCCACCAGCAAGUUCGAGAUGUACGGAUCGUUCCCCAAGAUCACAAUGAAGGGCAAGUACGUGGCCGACGGACGCAUCCUGAUCCUGCCCAUCCGCGGCGACGGCGAUGCCGAGAUCGUCCUGCACAAUCCCAAGUUCUCGGUGAAGUUCAAGCCGGGCACCCAGCAGCGUGAUGGACGCACCUUCCUGAGUGUGGACAAGCUCAAGGUGCUCGUGGAACCUCAGAAGAUGAACAUCAAGCUGGCGAACCUCUUCAACGGAGACCAGGCGCUGGGAACCAACCUGAACCAGUUCCUCAACGACAACUGGACAGAGGUGUGGAACGAGCUGCAUCCCUCCAUCCACCUGGCCAUCGCGGAGAUCAUGAAGAGCAUCCUGACGCAGCUGUUCAAGCGGUUCGCCUACGAGGACCUUUUCCUGGAGAACUGUUAUAGACCAGUAAAGAUGUUCAGAAUCGCGUUGGCAGUCGCCUUUUGCCUUUUUGUGUCGGUGCAAGCGAUUUUUCCCGAUGAUCCGAAACCCUGCAAAUACGGAGAUGGCGAGUGCAUCAUAAAACUUUGUAACACUCUGUUCAGCCAGAGAUCUUCGGAGGAGGAACCCGGCUUGAAUCUAAAAUCCUUGGAUCCCCUCAAAGUGGACAAGAUGAUUAUCAGUCAGGGAGAAAGCAGCAGUGCCGUGGGCAUAAGUCUUACUUUCACCGAUAACUUGCUUUAUGGCAUCAAGGAUCAAAGGGUCGUAAAAGUAAAGGGAUUUGGCAAAGAUCUCACCACGAAGCACGAAGUGAGACUUGUCACAAAAACUAUUUCUCUCAUUGGUCCUUAUACCAUUCAGGGUAAGGUACUCAUAUUACCAAUUAGUGGAACUGGCAUAAGUAACAUGACAAUGGCUAACAUCAAAGUUAUCGUCAGCUUUUGGGGCAAGCCGCUGGAGAAGAACGGGGAGACCUACUUGGAUGUCACCGAUUUGAAGUUCACAAUGAAGCCGGAGUCCAACCACUACCACUUCACGAACCUCUUCAACGGAGACAAGGCACUGGGCGACAACAUGAACGUCUUUCUGAACGAGAACUCGGAGGCCAUUUACAAAGAGACGGCUUCGGCGAUCGACCGGGCUUUCAGCGAACUUUAUCUGGGAGUCGUGAAGGGCGUCUUCUCCAAGCUGCCGUACGCCAAGUUUUUUGCCGGGGAGUAGUACGCCUCUUAACGGGUACAUCCCCUGUGUUGAUAUUCCUCUCGAACUCCAGCUCAGGUCGUUUGUGUACUGACAGAUAUAAGUUCUAACGCUAGCAAUUACCAUAAGGUUUAAUGAGGGUCCUAAGUCCAAUUACAUUAAGUAGGAAAGCACUAAACUACUAUCAAACAAUCUAAGCGGAGUCUUCUGUUAAUAGAACGAAAUCGAGUGGCAACAAAGUGUGCAUAUUUUAUACAGCAUAAAGCGAUCUUGUCUGGAGAUAAAUCAUAUUCAAAUAGCAGAGUAUUGUGGUUGAAUGUAAUAGAAUUAAAACACGUGUUAACUAAUUAAAA